AUGAAAGGGGGCGGGAAAAGGAAUUUGCGGAGCUUUGUACGCAGGCGCAAUCGCUAUUGCAUUCUGGCGGUUGUAGUAAUUAGCAUUAUGUCGGUACCGGUGAACUACAUUUCCCAAAAUGCCUGCCAAACCUGCGUGUGCUGUGGAAAGAGACUGCUCCGCGAGGUGCUGGAAAUGAAAGCUCGAAGUCUGAGUUGCUGGUGCGGUGGUCAGCGCGAUGCCUAAGGCAAAGGGGAAGACCCUGAGGCAGAAAUUCGGUUACAAGGUUAACCGGAAGCGUUUUAACCGGAAUGCUCGACUGGAAGGCAGCGCACGGAUCGAGUGUUGUCACAUCCGACAUGCCUGGGACCACGGCAAAUCCUUGCGGCAGAACUUCGCCGAGAUGGGGUUGGCUAUGGACCCCAACAAGGCGGUGCCCUUCCGUAAGAGAAAGGUGAAGGCCAUGGGGGUGGAUGCAGAGGAAAGGCCUCAGGAACUCGUGCGGAAACCCCGUGUGCUAAAUGACCUGGAGGCAGGAGCCAGCCUCCCAGAAAAGGAAGGAAACACACUGCCUCGGGACCUCGUCGACUACAUACGCUACGUGGUGGAGAUCCAUGGGGAGGACUAUAAGGCUCCGGACCGGGAUGAGAAGAAGUACUACCAAGAUAUCCCGAAACAGAUUUGGAAUAAGAUCAACGUCUGUAAGCAUUCCCCCAGUGAGUGGCAAGCCUUCGCCGAUUCCUUGCAGGAGAAUAAGAUGGAGGUUGAGUGA